AUGAAUGGAAAGAAGGUAUCAAUCGAAGCCGGUUCCGCACUUAUCCAGGCCUGUGACAAGGCCGGAGUUACCAUCCCACGAUACUGCUACCACGAAAAGUUGAUGAUUGCUGGAAGUUGCCGUAUGUGCUUGGUUGAGGUGGAGCGGGCCCCUAAGCCUGUGGCUUCUUGCGCCUGGCCCGUACAGCCCGGCAUGGUUGUCAAGACAGACUCGCCCCUAGUACACAAGGCGCGAGAGGGUAUCAUGGAGUUCUUGCUUGCCAACCACCCUCUGGAUUGCCCUAUUUGCGAUCAGGGAGGCGAGUGCGAUCUCCAGGACCAGUCGAUGAGAUACGGUGCAGACCGCGGCCGCUUCCACGAGCUGGAGGGCAAGCGUGCUGUCGAGGAUAAGAACGUUGGACCCCUGGUCAAGACGUCGAUGAACAGGUGCAUUCACUGCACACGCUGCGUCCGUUUCUCCAACGAUAUCGCCGGUGCUCCGGAAUUUGGCUCUUUCGGUCGUGGAAACGACCUGGAAAUCGGCACAUACCUCGAGACCGCCCUGGACACCGAAUUGUCUGGAAACGUCAUUGAUCUCUGCCCCGUCGGUGCGCUCACCUCCAAGCCCUACGCUUUCAAGGCCCGUCCAUGGGAACUGUACAAGACUGAGACCAUCGAUGUUCUUGAUGGCUUAGGUUCAAACAUUCGCGUUGAUUCUCGUGGCAUUCAGGUUAUGAGGGUUAUUCCGCGUCUGAAUGACGAUGUCAACGAGGAAUGGAUCAACGACAAGACCCGCUUCGCUUGCGACGCCCUCAGCACCCAGCGCCUAGUGAACCCGCUUGUUCGUGUCGAUGAACAGUUCCAGCCUGCUACUUGGGAGCAGGCCCUGGUCGAGAUCGGUAACGCAUACAAAAAGAUCGCACCCAAGGGCAACGAGUUCAAGGUUGUAGCUGGCCACUUGGUCGAGACUGAAGCACUGGUUGCCAUGAAAGAUCUCGCCAACAAACUCGGUUCAGACAAUCUGGCCCUUGACCAACCGGGAGGCAGCGAGCCUAUUGCCCACGGAAUCGAUGUCAGGUCGAACUACUCUUUCAACUCCAAAAUCUACGGUGUGGAGGAUGCUGAUGUCAUGCUCAUCAUUGGUUCCAACCCUCGAUGGGAGGCCGCUGUCCUGAACGCUCGCAUCCGAAAGCAGUGGCUCCGAACUGACCUUGAGAUUGGCUACGUUGGUCAGGACUUUGAAAGCACCUUUGAGUACGAGAAGCUUGGAGACAAUGCCAACGAUGUGAAGAGCGCUCUUUCUGGAGAAUUUGGAAAGAAGUUGGCUUCAGCGAAGAAGCCCAUGAUCAUUGUUGGCAGUGGUGUUACCGAACACCCUGACGCCAAGUCUAUCUACGAGCAAGUCGGCGCCUUUGUUGAGAAGAACAAGGCCAACUUCCAAACUGAGGAAUGGAACGGCUACAACAUCCUGCAGCGAACUGCUUCUCGAACUGGCGCAUAUGAAGUUGGAUUCACUGUUCCUUCAACUGAGGUUGCGCAGACCAAGCCCAAGUUUGUUUGGUUGCUUGGAGCAGAUGAGAUCAACGAGACCGACAUUCCCAAAGACGCUUUCGUUGUUUACCAGGGUCAUCACGGUGAUCGCGGCGCACAGUUUGCUGACGUCGUUCUUCCCGGUGCCGCUUACACCGAGAAAUCUGUUACAUACGUCAACACCGAGGGUCGUGUACAAAUGACCCGCGCCGCUGUUGGUCUUCCCGGUGCUUCGCGAGAAGACUGGAAGAUUGUCCGAGCAGCUUCAGAGUACCUGGGUGCUGAGUUGCCCUACGAUGACGUCGAGGCGCUGCGAGAUCGCAUGGAGGAGAUCUCGCCCGCUCUCCGGAGCUAUGACCUUGUUGAGCCCGCAUCACUGCCAAGCUUGAGCAAGGUUCAACUGGUUGAUCAGAACCAAGGCGCACAAGCGACUGGUCAAGUGCUCAAGAACCCGAUUGAGAACUUCUUCUUCACAGAUGCGAUUUCAAGAAACUCACCAACAAUGGCCCGUUGCUCAGCCGCAAAGGCCCAAGGAAAUCCCCAGACAAACUUUAUGGCGCCGGGCGAACCAUACCCGCAGGUGGGCUAUGGUCCACAGGUCGCAGCAGCGGCGAAUGUCUAGACAGUUGGAUUAUGGAUUUUUUGAGAACGUAGAAGAUGGAACUCGUCUGUACAUAGCAUUUUUGGAGGUUCGAGCACGUGGUUUGGAAGACGUUAGAGUGUACGGCAAAUACCAGCGCUACCGGCGUCAAACAGUUCAAAAUA